AAAAGCGUACAUCCGAUAAAGUGCAUCGUAUCGUGUUCGGUACUGUUGUUGGGUUCCCGAAGGAAAAGGAGAAGGAAAAGCAUCAGGUCAGGGAAUUAGCGUGUGUGCGACCGACUUCUCCUUCCAUCCUCUCCGGAGUUGUGUGGAAAUAAAUCAUCAAAUCAUACUGAGGAUUGAUUCAUUAAUUGAAUUAGAAUUAGGGUUUGUGGUGAAGGGAUGCAGAUAGAGGUAUGUUCAUGGGUGGGUCAAUGAUUAUGCGCUCCCAUUCUUCUUCUUCUUCCCCUUUCUGCAACAACUACAAAAUGUCUUCCGUCGAAUGCCGAUUCCGAUCGGCGUUCGAUUCGUAUUCCGUCGCUUGCGAGGCCUUCUCUGAACCUCAGCCUUCCCCUCUUUGAUAUACUCUCUUCUCUCCCUCUCCAUCUCCAUCUCUGCGCCGCCGCCAUCGCCAUCGCCAUCGCCAUCGCCAUCGCCAUGACCACUUUCCACGUUGUCGAGAAAGAUCUAACCUCCAGAUACGCGCGGUACGAUGAAUUGUUGGGGAAAGGAGCCUUCAAGACUGUAUACAAAGCGUUUGACGAAGUGGACGGAAUCGAAGUUGCUUGGAACAUGAUCAGCGUUGAGGACGUUGUGCAGACGCCGCAGCAGCUGGAAAAAUUGUACUCGGAGAUUCACCUGCUCAAGUCCUUGAAACACGACAAUGUCAUCAAGUUGUAUAAUUCUUGGGUCGAUGAUACCACCGGCACCAUCAACAUGAUCACCGAAUUGUUCACCUCCGGAAGUUUGAGGCAGUACCGGAAUAAGCAUAAGAAUGUGGAUAUGAAAGCCAUCAAGAACUGGGCGCGUCAGAUUCUCUGCGGCUUGUGCUUUCUGCACUGUCACAGUCCUCCUAUUGUUCAUAGGGACCUGAAAUGUGAUAACAUUUUUGUCAAUGGGAAUAGUGGACUGGUUAAGAUUGGAGAUCUUGGAUUGGCAAUUGUCAUGCAGCAGCCAACUGCCCGGAGUGUCAUUGGUACACCGGAGUUUAUGGCCCCAGAGCUUUAUGAGGAGGAAUACAAUGAACUUGUUGACAUAUAUUCCUUUGGCAUGUGCAUCUUAGAAAUGGUCACCUGCGAGUACCCGUACAGUGAAUGUAAUAAUCCUGCACAGAUAUAUAAGAAAGUUACCUCUGGUAUAAAGCCUGCUGCUCUUGCCAAAGUAAAUGAUCCUGAAGUGAAGCAAUUCAUCGAGAAGUGUCUAGUUCCAGCAUCUAUGAGAUUGUCUGCAUCUGAACUACUGAAAGACCCAUUCCUUGCAACUGAAAACACAAAGGAGAUUAAUCAUGAUAUACUGGAGCUGCCUAAUCCUCACACCAAAUUGGUGAAUCCACCAACAUGUGAGCCUCAUCCCAUGGAGAUAGAUUCUAAAUCCAGGCGUACUUCACCUGGCUCCUCCAUGGGAAGAAUUGAAGAAACUUCUCAAGUUUCAUUUUUUGAUCUUGUGAGGAUGACCGAGAAUAACAAAUUUAUGCUAAGAGGGGAGAAAAAUGCUGAAAGUACAAUUUCACUCACACUGAGAAUUGCAAAUGCUUGUGGUGGAGCGAGGAAUAUCCAUUUCCCAUUCUAUAUCAAUUCUGAUACAGCAAUUUCCAUUGCUGAGGAGAUGGUGGAACAUCUGGAACUCACAAAUGAGGAUGUAUCUGUCAUUGCAGAGCUAAUAAAUGACAUGAUUGCUAAGCUUGUCCCCAACUUGAAACCCUUAAGUGAGAAACUCUCAUCCGGAACAGAUCAAUUGUACAGGCCUUCUUCGGAAGUUCAGAAUGGUGAACAAUUCAACUGCCACUGGCCAUUACAAUCAAGUGAUUAUGAUAUGAAGCCUGUGUUUAAGGAUCUAGUUCACUCAUGGCCUGUUGACGGGGAUGAUCUGGAGAAACAAGAAUCUGUUAUGUCAGAUAUAUCAGUGGAGUGUGGGAUUACAGUUGCCUCAGAUUCUAAAGUUGUAGAGCCUGACAUUUUUAUUUUUGAUGAAUUCUGGGAGGGGUUUGAUGCAUUCAAUUCCACUUCAGAUGUCAGGUUUUGUGGGCAAGAGGAUGGACACAAGAAUCAAUCAGAGAACUCAUCAGGCUCUUUAAUCAAUUCAUGUUGCUGCCCAUUCAAAAACUUUGACAUAUCAAGUAUAUGUUCUCUUACUCUAGCUGACAAAGAUCCUUCAGAAGGGCUGCGGUUGGAAAUUGAAGCAAUAGAUACAUACUUUGAACAACGCUUUCGUGAGCUUGAGAUGAUGAGGGUGGCAGCCAUAGAAAGUUUGAAGAGGAGACAUGGCGAGAAACAUACCUGUGAUGUGAUGCAUUAGGAUGAUUUUCUUUGAUUUUUUUUAAAUAUGCAAUUUUUUUUGCAUUCAUUUACAUCAUUUGAUUUAUGUUAAGAGUGUGUUUGGAUAGAGAAUUUUAACUAAGGAAAGUAAUUUAUCAGAGAAUUUAAAUUUCUGUAA